AUGGUUACUCUAUGGCUACUCUGCGAAGUAAACAGUUUGAAUAGGUUACAAGUAAAAUCUGAAAUUAUUUUUAUUGUUUAUUAGUUUAUUGGAAGUUGUAAUGAAAAAUGGAAAAUGCCGAAUUAGAACGAAUAAAAGUAAAACUACUUAAAGAAACAUCUGCUUUGGUAAAAGAACUUAAAGAACAAGAAAGCGUUGAACGUCAAGAAUCAUCUUCCUUCGACCAAAAUACAUUUUUUACAAAAGAAGACUAUGUGAAUAAAUAUUCAUUGGAAGAAAAUAAUAAAUUAUGUGAUUUUUCACAUCACCUAACUGGAAUAAUGUUUAAAGAUGCAAAAAAAGAUUGGAUUAAUGAUAAAAUUUAUAAAUAUACAGCUAAUGUAGUAACUAAAGCUAUUAGCUUUUAUUUAGAAUUAACUAUGGAUUUGAAAGAUGAUCCCGAUUUUGAAGUAAUUGAUAUAACAUGUCACUUUAUGGAUGUUCCACCUUGUUUUAUGUUAGAAAUGACACCAUGGGUUCAAUUUCUUGCGAAGUUAAAAAAUUUCUCUUUUUUUAUGUCUGCGAUCUCUGAUUAUAGUCAAUAUAAUGUUUUGCGUAACAAAAUUAUAAACUCUUUACGGAGUAAUAAUUAUAUAAAUUUUUAUGACCAUGAAGAAGAAAAUGGUGGAAUUCUAUUAGAUCUAAAAUCACGAAGAAAUCCAGAUCAAAUAUAUCUGAAAUAUCAAUGGUCAUUGAAAUUUUUUGAGAAAACCUGUCAUAUAGAGCAUUAUUUUACAAUAAAUGCUACAGAAUUUGGCAUGGAAUUUGUUGAAGCAAAUACUUCAUUACUUAAGCAAUUUUGCAAGUUGAAUCUAAAGAAGAAAGAUCUGAUUGAACUAUGGGCACAAUUAUGUAAUGCUGUUGAUGCUUAUGAAGAUAAAAAUAUAUGAAAUAUUCAAUGUUUAAAUAUAUAUGUAUGUAUGUAUGUAUGUAUGUAUGUACGUAUGUAUGUAUGUAUGUAUGUAUGUAUAUAUGUAUAUAUAUAUAUAAACAUAAUUUUCUUUUUACAUGAUAAAUUUGUUCCUAAAAAAUCCAUAUAAGUGAAAAACGUGUAAAAAAAAAAUACAUAUAGAAAAAUAGGAGAAUAGUUCCAAUGUAAAAAUCCUAUACAAAUAGUAAAUUAUUUCAAAUUAUUUCAAAAAAUAUGAAAAUAUGAAUAAAACUAUUUAAUUUUAUUAAUUUGAUAUUAUGGGCAUAAAACUUCAAAAAUUAAUAUAUAUCUAUAUAACUUCAUCAUAACUUUCAUAAACAAUUCAAUCAUAAACAAAUUAUAUUAAGACCUGAAGUCUAAAAAAAACGAUGCUUUAUUUUAAUAUUUUGGACCUUACACAACAUAUAAAAAGACGCAAUCCAGAUAAAGGAUUAAAAAAUUAAGAGGGUCCUUUAAAAUUCAAGUUUAAGUAUAUAUGUACCGUUCUAGGAAAUUAUAUUUAUAAUGGAAAUGUGAUUUUUAACAGAAUUGAAUUUAAACAAAAAUUUUUAGAGCAAACUUUAUUUGAAUCGUGUUAAAUUAAAAUAUAUUAUGAAAAACAUUAUUGUUUUUACUUUCCAAACUAUAUUAUUUUAAAAUUAUGUAAAAAAGAAUUAUAUAAAAGUAGAAUUAAAUGUAUUAAUAAAUAAUAAGAAUUGUAAUCAAUACGUUUUGUAUCAAGAAGAAUUAUAUCAAUACAUAUUUUAUAAAUUAUUGUAAACUUUUAUAAUAUAAUAAUCAAUAA